AUGGAGGAGCGGAAGGAGCUGACGAAGCGGGCCAAGGCGACGCUCGACGACCUCAACCUGCAACUCCAGAACCUGGUCUACGAGGAGGCGCACUACAACAAGGAGAUUCAGCACUGCCGCGACUUUCGCCCGCGCGAGGUGGUGCACGACCUCCUGCCCGCGCCGCCGAGCGGAACCGAGGCCGCGGCCAAGCCCGACGAGGACGAGGAGAGCCGCGCGCACCGCCUCAUGACGCAGCGACUCGCGGCCGAGCUCGAAGAACGCAAGCGGCACGAGGUGGAGGCCCUCACCAGCCGCAAGGCAGCCCUGCAAGAGGCCAACCAGGCCAAGCGCAAGUUCCUGCAUGGGCUACGCAGCCGCCUCCAAACGAUCGCCCAGGCCGCGGAGCCGGCCCAGCAGCAUUUUGGGUACACGAGCACGGAGAAGACCGACUCCUUCGACACAGCGGGCCAGCUGCCCGCCCCUCUCUACACCCUCUUCGCGCAACUGAACGCCCACAAGCUGGCCUUUGACACCGGAAUCGGAGUGAGCGUGGGCGGCGACGCCGAAGCAGCCCUCGCCCUCAACGCGCAGCUGAGCCGCCGAGGCUCGACCGUGGCCACCAGGCUCAUGGCAGAGAGGACGGAAUCGCAGACUGACAAGCCCCACCAGUUCGCCAUCCACCCCCUCGCCGUCCUCCUGCACUUUCCCAAUGGCGAUGAUAUGGCGCAGGGCGUGGCGUUGAAGCUGCGCUUCGAGUACCUCUACGAACUCAACGUGGUGGGCGUGCGCGUCGAGCACGGCGACGAGACCCUCCUCCACAACCUCUACCCCCGCGACAUCGGCCUCACUUCGCCCAACCCGGCCAACCGCUACCUCUUCAAUCAGGAGGUCAGCAUCAAGCAGGGCUACCCGGGUCGUGCCUACAAGUGGGCUCAGUGGGCGGCGGGUCUCGGGUUCGCGCAGGAGGAGAGGGGCCUUCCCGGUCGACCCCACGUGGCGUCCAUCAUCCAACGCCUCAAGGCCCGCAUACGCGACCACCGCUCCCUCAACACACAGCUCAACUUGCUCGGCAAGGGCAUGAUCCCCGGCCAGCCGCACGCAGCCCUCCACAUCUGGAAGGAGAUCUCCGCGGCCGAAUUCCAGGCGUCGGAGCUGCUCGGAGCCGCCGGUGCGGCGGGGUUGGAGGAGGGCGAGCUGGGCUCACGCACCACGGGGCGCGAGGCCGAGGGUCUGCCGUGGCACUGCUAUGCCUCCCGCCACUUCUACGCCCUCCUUAAAAAGCCCGAAUGUAUCGAGCUGGAGGUGUUCGCCAGGGUGGGCACGGAGUACCCGUAUCGUCCGCCCGAGUGGCGACUCCGCUGGAAGGUCUACAACGGCAAGCGCGGGUGGGUGCCCUACACCUUCCCCGCCUCGGUGUCGGCCGACGCACACCCGACUGCGCUGGAUGCCGUCGGCAGAGCCUCGCCUUGCGACAACCAACUCAAGGCGCUGGACAUGCGGUUGAACAGUGCUUGGGACACGAAGCAAGGAGAAGAGAGCAUGCUCCUUUCGCACCAGUGCGUCGUGUUGCAGGUGGGUGCCACCCCAGUCCCCAGAUGGUGA